AUGAUUCGGCCCGCCACCCCGGGCACUUUGCUCACCUUGGUCGCUGCUAUCUUGCUCGGUCUCGUCACCAUCUCCACUCCCAUAAUCAAAUCCAUCUACUUCCUUGAAGCUACCAUCGGUGGAGGCGGUUCUCAAAAUGGUCAAGUCGCACAAUUCGGUACCUUGGGUUACUGCAUUGGCGACACCUGCAGCAACCCCACCCUAGGCUACUCGUUCGACCCCAACCAGCUUCUCGGCAUUCAGGUCAUCUCUGGCAGGUACACAGGCGCCGUCAUCAAAGGUCUCACAUACACUCUCGUUCUUCAUCCAGUUGCUCUCGCUUUCGCUGUUGUUUCGGUGCUGCUUGGUCUCAUCUCGCACUGCCGAGAGCUUUCCACCAACUGCUUUGGCACCUUUGUCACUGGUAUCGGCGCAUUCAUCACCAUCGUCGCAUUCGGUCUCGAUCUCGCUCUGUUCAUCGUUGCGAGACAGCGCAUCAACUCGAUCAAUGGCGCUCGUGCUAGUCUCGGUAUGGCCAUCUGGAUGGCCUUGGCAGCAUGGAUCCUCAUGUUCCUCGCCGGCUGUGCUUUCAGCUGCGGUAUCUGCAGUCGAAGGAGGCGCAACUGUGUCAAAGACCCGCAUCUUCCUCCCGACACCUAUGGAGCACGCCCAGCUGCUCCCAUGCAAGAUCGCUACGCGGAUCAGAUGCGAAUGGAUGCACUCGAUGCUGAAGCAGACAGGAAGCGCAGACAGGCUGCCUUGGACAGAAACGGUAGGGGAGGCGAUCUUCCCAAGUUUGCCGAGUACGAGACCGAGUACGAGAUGCCGCUUAAGAAAGACUACGACGAAGGGGCAUACGAUAAUAGUGCCAAUCACCAGCAGCCUGGCCUCGCUUACUCGACUAAUAACAGUGUUGGUCGUGCAGGCGCCGCUGGCGUUGGAGCGGCUGCUGGUGGUUCGUUCAUUAACGGCGUCGGUCAGGGCUAUGGCAGAAGGCAAGCUCAAAGGAGCCGAGCGGAGGACUUCUCCAGCUCUCCACCUAUGCUGAACAACUCGGCUGGUCACGGUGCCCACAAUAUCGCUGCUCAGAGGCAGAACACCGUUUCCUCUGUCGGCAACGGUGCUGGUAGCGGCAUGCCUACUCCCUCACACAUGUCCAACGCCCGCAGUGAAGCUACUUACGUUCCUAGCCCUGGACCUCAGCCAUACCGCGAUGGUCUGGACGGCACAUCUUCGCUCACACCUGCACCUCGUUCUUAUCCUCAGGUCUCGUCUCCACCACCCAUGCACGACUACUCCCAACAAAACCAGUACCAGUCGCAGCAACAGUACGACUCGUAUGGCAAUGUGAUCCCUGCCUCAUCAUCUGCUGGUCAAGGAAGUCAGUUCAGCCAGCGUGGAGGCGUACAUCGCCAACCCACUGGAGAGUACGGCCAUCCCACCGAAUACUCAGGAGCUACCUUUGGUCCUUCCUCAUCUGGCUUCCACGCACAGUCGAACGAAGCCGCUGGUGCAUCCGGCUCUCGCAUGCGCGGUCCACGCAAUCUGCCUGUCAUUCCACAGCACGAAGGCGCAGAACCAAAAGAGAUCGUCUAUGACGAUGCUGCAGCCGGCUCAUCCGCCGAGCGUCGCCAGGGUACUGUCGAUGACGGUUUUGGCUUAGCAUCAUCCCACAAUCACGAGGCGACUCACGAUGGAUACAACCAAUACGCAUCUUUUGCAUACGAUCACCAAUCGCAACAACAACAUCAACAGUAUCACUCCUACCAACCAUCAGGACACUACGAUGAUGCAGCUAGAGGCGAACCAUCUUCAUCUGCAGCAGUAGGACAAGCGUAUGGCCAUCAAGAAAACAACCACUACAAUGACUAUCAGAGCAGUGCAGGUCCUCCUGGAUACGAAAGCGUUGCUGGUGGAUCUGGGUAUCAGCAUAACCAUCAUCCUCGCGAGAAGCACUAG